GCGGCGGCUGUUGAAUUGAAAGCCGCCACCGGCGCCGGCCUUCCAUUGUCGUUUGACCCGCUGUCCAAAUGGGGUGUAGGAACCUGUGGCUGUCAAUUAAUACGCUCUCCAUUGACAAAGAUCCAGAAGCAGUUCUUCAUCUGUACUGUAAAUUCACAAAAUGGAAAGACGAGAGGAAGAAGAUCAUGCUCCACUUCCCCUUCUCACCCGCUACAAGAUGGGAAAUUUUCAACUUUCUCACAGAAUUGUCUUGGCACCAUUGACCAGGCAAAGAUCUUUCAAUAAUGUUCCUCAACCACAUGCCAUCCUGUAUUACUCACAGAGGACCACAAAAGGGGGUCUUCUUAUUUCUGAAGCGACAGGAGUUUCUGAUACGGCACAAGGGUAUGCACAUACACCCGGUAUAUGGACAAAAGAACAAGUAGAAGCUUGGAAACCCAUAGUAGAUGCCGUUCAUGCAAAAGGUGGUAUCUUCUUUUGUCAAAUGUGGCAUGUGGGAAGAGUUUCAAAUCGAGAUUUUCAGCCAAAUCAGCAGGCUCCAAUUUCUUCAACUGACAAGCCCGUGGGACCACAACUUCGAGCUAAUGGUUUGGAUGUAGCGCACUUUUCACCUCCACAACGCCUAAGGACUGAUGAAAUACCUCAAAUUGUCAAUGAUUUUAGACUUGCUGCAAAGAAUGCAAUAGAAGCUGGUUUCGAUGGUGUUGAGAUCCAUGGAGCUCAUGGUUACCUAAUAGAGCAGUUUCUGAAAGACCAAGCCAAUGAUCGAAAUGAUAAAUAUGGAGGAUCUUUGGAGAACAGAUGUCGGUUUGCUCUUGAAAUUGUUGAAGCUGUGGCUAAUGAGAUCGGAGCAGAUAAAGUUGGGAUUAGGCUUUCUCCAUUUGCAAACUACUUGGAAGCUGCAGACUCAAAUCCAAAGGCUCUGGGCUUGUAUAUGGUCAAAGCCUUGAAUAAAUACGGUAUUUCAUAUUGCCAUAUGAUUGAGCCAAGAAUGGCAACUGUUGGCGAAAAAAGAGAAUGCCCCCACAGUCUUCUGCCAUUGCGGAAAGCUUUCAAUGGCACUUUUAUUGUAGCCGGGGCUUAUGACAGAGAAGAUGGUAACAAAGCUGUGGCAUGGAACCAUGCUGAUCUUGUCGCUUACGGGCGUUUGUUCCUCGCCAAUCCUGAUCUGCCACGCAGGUUCGAGAUAGAUGCUCCUCUCAAUAAGUAUAACCGAGAAACUUUCUACACUCCCGAUCCUAUUAUUGGCUAUACAGAUUACCCAUUUCUUUAAACUGUUGCCUAAAUUUUCGGGAGCUGAUAAACUGAAGUUUAAAUUUAAAUUACAUUACCAUUGUUCUUGGAAUAAAUCCUUGGAGGUUUAGAAUUCAUAUAACCCGAUCCCACUUAGUAAGAAUAAGACUUUUGAUUCUUCUCCUUCUUGUAUUGCUCCGCAGAUUCUAUGUGCCUCAGCUCACUCUUUCAAGCUGAAUUUCUUCCACUUCUUUCUGUUCUUCUGUGUCAAUGAAAUCAGAUUGAUCACUCCCCCUUCGUGAAAUGAAUAUAUUUUCUCA